GCGCAUAUAACCACGCUAUCGGUCGUCCCGACGUUCCGUUCCUGCUGUCACUGUCGCUGUCGCUGUCACAUCUCAUCCUGACCCAAGAAAAUAAAAGUGAUCUGCGUAUCUAACGGCCGGGUGCCCUCACCACUGGUUUACCGUACUCCUGGGAUUUGUUCUUUCGUUAUUUUUCAUCUGAACUUCAUUGCAAUGUCGUCGCCGGUGGGAGCAGGUCCGUCGGGAGCAAAAGAUGGAAGUCGACGUCUUGAUUUGGGUAAAUAUGUGAAGAAAUUCGGCAGUAUAUUCCGGAGAGGAAAGUCGAGUAAAAAGAGCGUUUCGUCAAUACCAGCUCCUCCUAUCCGCCACGCCGAGCCAGAAGAAGUCGUAGACAAUGAAGAUGGAAGAAACGUCGCCACGAUUGAGCAAGUCGCACAUCCAGAAACAACAAUCGAGCAAGACCCAACAACUGCUCCCAUCACCACACAAACCGACCCCAUACCCACGCCCUCACUCCCUCCCUCCACACAACCCCUCGACCGCACAACCAUGCAGCAACAACGAGCCCACCUCCUCUUCACAAAAUACAGCCUAAACCUCGAAUCCCACGAGCUAAUCUCCCUCCCCGUCCCCGCGCCCUACAUCCAGCGCGUCGAAAAGCCCAUCCGCAUGCGCAUCCACCGGAGCUGCCACCAGUGCGGCACUUCCUACGGGUCCUUAAAAACCUGCCCCCAAUGCACACACAAGCGGUGUAAAAAGUGUCCGCGGUACCCCAACAAGAAGAACCCCCCUCCUCUACAACCAUCAAGCGACACCAGCGCAGAAACAACCACAGAGAUCGACUUGCCCCCCCGCCGCCGCCGCAAACUCCUCCUCUCCACCACCACGCCCGCCGGGAACGAGCGCGCGUAUAACCCCCCGCAGCAGCGCAUAAGACGCACAUGUCAUAAAUGCUCCGCCUUGUUCGUCCCGCAUACAGCGACCAUCUGCCCGCAGUGCGCACACACGCGCUGCACGAAAUGUCCCCGCGACCCCGCGAAACGCACGAAAUGGCCCGCUGCGUAUCCGGGGGACGUUGAGCCCGAGUCCGAGUCCGAUUCCGCCAACGAUAGUGGAGAUGGUGGGAAUAUAUCAGGUGCAGAGGAGAUACCCGACAGAGCGCAGCGCUUGUGGAGAAAACCGCGCAUGCGUGUGCGGUGGUCGUGUUCGCAGUGCGCGACGCUGUUUUCUAGCGAGCAGAUGGUGUGUGGGGGGUGUGGGCAUGAGCGGUGUGGGGAGUGUGUUAGGUGGCCGCCGAAGACUGUCAAGACGGAACGCCGGUUUGAUGAUGGGGUUGUGGGGGCGGUGGAGGAGAGGCUGAGGGGGUUGAGUGUUCGUGGUGGGGCGGGGACGUAGGGUGGGUUUGGGUAUGGGGUGGAGAUGGGUAUGAGUAUGAAAAGGGUUAUCGACUUACGGUUCUUCUUGCCCUGACAAGUGAGUUGACGACAGGGGGUAAGCGGGUAUUUGUGCUUCUCGUUACGACGAGAUACAUGACCUAAGCAUUCGUCCAUGCUUGCCUUUGUCUCUCGUGCAAUAUAUCAACAUGUUAGUAGG